AGAUCUUUCAAAGAAAGUGUCGCUGAUCAUCAUUCCCUCAAUUUUAUGUGAAAUACAAUCCAAAUAAAGUUUCAAGAUGGAUCCUCUUGGCUGCACUACAGCAGAGACAUUUGGAAUGGCUGCUACCCCACAGAUGCCUUCCUGAGGGACCCUGAGAGUGUCCAUCAUAUACCAUGACAUCUUCAAUAAUGAGAAACACCACAGACCUGGGUGCAGGUGCGCUGUGCUCAGUCACAGGUUUUCUCUGCUGUCCCACGUAUAAAAUGUUGGCUCUGGACAAUGUGCAAAGGAUGAGAAAAGAAAAAAUAUGCUCAUCAGAAUGGAACCGGAUGGCUAAGAACCAUAGCAGCCAAGUGAAGGUCAGGUGGACUUCAAGGAGGAAGAUGGAGAGACCGUAGUCAGCCAAGCGCAGAAAAGAACUGACUUCAGAAUCAACUCAAAGGGUUCAGCCCCGAUGGAGGCUGAGGAGCCCCGACCCGGAGCACCGGCUCCCAUCCCUGCCACAGCGGAACUCACCGUCUCCCCUGAAGAGCUCACGAGAACCAGCCAGACCCCCGCCAUGGGGUCCGAAACUCAGGAAGGCCGGGAGCCGUCCUGUGAGUGGGCAGAGGGGCGCCAACUUGUGGAGACCCAGCAGGGGGAUGUAAGAGACGAGACUGACUGUGGAACGCAGAGCGUGACCUGCUACCCCAAGGAAGGCCCUGUGGAUGUGGGGACCAGCCAGGAAAACCUUGCCGCUGAGGCCUGGGCCACUCCCGAGUGCCAGGAGGCAGAGUCCCAGAGCUGGGCAGAGAGCCAGCCAAGGGCUGCAGCCCCCCUGGAGUGCCAAGCCUGCCCCAGCCAGAGGAAGCCUCCGCCCAUGGCCCCGGUGCCCAGCGCACUGAGCAGGACACUGGAAGAGGAGUCCAGACCAGAGCUCCCUGCUUUGACGCCGGGGACUGGACACGCAGAGGCGGACGAGGAGACUUCCCCCCGUGGCCUUGCUCAGCUCUCAGGUCCACCUUCCCAUGAAGAGUGCCUUGCAGAGACCAUCCUGCUGCCGGGCUCCGAGGGCGGGACCCUCAGGAAGGGGCAGGAGCUGCAGGGGGCUGAGGGAGCUCCAGAGGAGCAGGGACAGGAGCAGGGACAGGAGCCAGCGGGCUGUCGGGCGGGGGAGCCUCUGCGGGAAGCCGUGUGCUCGGCCGGGCUUCCUGGGGAGCAGGGACGGGUGGGGGAGCAGGUGAAUGGUAUGGAGGGAAGACAGGGGCAAAAACAGGCGCAGACGCAAGAUGACGCGAUGCCUUCGAAACAAGGAGAAAGGGAGGGGCUUAAGGCAGAAUUGGGGGGUCUGCCUUGUGAUGAGUGGCCGGGGGGCACUCGGGGCCAGGAAGACCCGGAGGUGGGGGAACAGAAGAAGAGGGGGUGCAGGGGCCCAGAAGAGGGCAGGGUGGAUGCGCAGGACCCGGAGAAUCAGAGCGUAGUGGGGGGAUCAGUGAGUGUACCUGGAAGGCAAGGACGUGGGGGUGUGCCAGCGGGACCGAUGCUGGAGGAAGAGGAGGACGAGGAAGAGGAGGAGGAGGAGGCAGAAGAUUGGAAUGGCGCUGCGCUGUGGGCAGAGGAGGCAGAGAGCGGCACAGAAGAGGGGGAAGAGCCUGACGGCCCCCCCGCCCUGGCCCUGGCAGCCCCCGAGACCUCUUCUCCCGGUGGGGACCUGUUUCCAGGCGCCUGCCAGGCCGCACCCAGGGUUCCUGGGACUCAGACGGAGCUUCCGGCUGAGCGACCGCCUCCCGUAGCUCUGACUCCCGCACUGGAGCCCAUGGGAAGUGCCCCUCAGCCCUUUUCCACUGCGGGGUCACCUGACCACAAAACAGCUCCGCACAGCCAGCAGGAGGGACCCGAGCUGGGGACCAGGGCCGCAUCCAGCAGGGGGGCCGAGGUGGACUCUGGCAGCGCGCCCGAGACUCCUCCAAGGACACCAGGUUCUGUGCCUGUCACACCCGGGGAAGCCUCCCCGUCUGCCAGCCGGCCAAUCGCCAUCCCCAGGAAAAAGGCCUCUCCUGCUUCGUGUUCCCCAGAAGUCUCCAGAGCCACCUUCUCCAUCAGCAGCCCGUCCCCCGGUGGGGCUUCCGAGCCUCGCCCAGCCCCCCUCCUCCGCUCCCCCUCUGCAGAGGCCGCGGUGGACCCGGGUGGCAGCUCCGACUGCGCCAGCCCCCAGAGCCCCCUGGCCAGCUUCCCAGGGGCCGUCGUCCCCCACGUGAGGAGCAACUCCUUCCCGGGCUCCCGGAGGACACAGCUGACUCCGGACCUCGAGGGAGUAUCCCUUUCCUUCUUGCAUUCAGAGCUGCCCCAGAGGCCCCCCAAGCCUGCCGUCUGUGGCUCUGCGAUCUCAAGAAGGGACGGGAAAAGCACUGGGCACUGCGGCGUUAUUCCAGAAGCCUCCGGUUCCUCGCCUGCUCUGGGGCAGGACUCUCGAGAAUUCACGUCCAGUCCAGACAGGCCCAGCGGCCUCCACAGCCGCCAGCCCUGGGGCCCCACCCCUAUGGCAGCCUUUGCCCCAGGGUCGCCUGCCUAUGGCUCUUCGCCCCCCCUCGCCUUUGUAGAUGGGAGGCCCCAGGAACCCGCACCCCCUGCUCUCCCAGAGAAGAGGCACGUCCGCCCCUCCACCGCGGAGACAGACGGUCACCGCAGCGGGCCGGUCCCCACCCUGAGGCGGUGCAGCUGUCCUCCGUCGGCCCCAAGUCCAGGGCCGCGUGGCCCCCGCAAGGGCCCGCUCCCCAAAGUUCCGGACCCCCUUGUGGCGAGGCAGUACCGGCCGCUGCCCUCUACCCCAGACGAGCCCCCCCACGCCCAGACCUCUUUCUCCACGAGGCUGAGAUACAACAAGCCAUUACCCCCGACCCCGGACUCGUUCCAGCCCCGCCAUUCCCUUCCUCUUGACGACAGCCCCAGGGUCUACCGGCCCCCUCGCCCCGCCCCUGUCCCGGAGCCUCUCACCGAACCACCCCCGCUGCCCCCGAAGUCCCGGGGGAGGACCAAGAGCGUCCAGGAAGCGCUCAUGAAUUCAGGGGGCCAAGCCAAGUCGAGGCCUGUUGGUCAAGAGUGGACAGUCUCCAGCCCCCACUCUGCCGGACGGACCUCCUGGCCGCCAGCUACGGGCCGGUCGACAGAUUCGUUGGCUCCUACCAGCAGGAGUAAGAGGGAAGCGUCCCCUGGCAUGGCUUUCAGCAACACGGCGGGCUUUCCGGGCCCCUCUUCCCCAACCACGCCCUGGAUCCUCGCGGUCCAGGGACCCGCCUGUGAACCAGGGCUCUCGGGAGGGGCAGAGGCCCCCGCCAGGGGCUCUCUAAGAAGAGCAGCCCCCCCGGAAGGAGCCGAUGGCCUGAGGAGGUCGGAUCUAGGUCAGUCGAGGCAGCCUGAAAAGCCCGGCCAUCCCCACCUGGAGAAGGCGUCCAGCUGGCCCCACAGAGGGGACCCGGGGAGACCGCCGCAGGGCAGCAGUGGACAGACUGAGGCCUCCGUUGAGGCCUCGAAUAAGCCCAAGGGCUGGCAUCGGCAGGGCCUGCGCAGACCCUCCAUCUUACCCGAGGGCACUCCAGAUACAAGAGGUCCAGCCCCGGAAAGGUCCUUCGGCUCCUCAGACACCAUCAUUUUUCGGGAGAAGAAGCCAAAGGAGGUGAUGGGAGGCUUUUCAAGACGCUGCUCGAAGCUCAUCAACUCCUCCCAGCUGCUGUACCAGGAGUACAGCGAUGUGGUUCUGAACAAGGAGAUCCAGAGCCAGCAGCGGCUGGACGGCCUGGCAGAGGCCCCUGGGCUCGCCUCCCCGCGGCAGCCCCGGAAGGCCCUGGUGUCCUCGGAGUCCUACCUGCAGCAUCUUUCCAUGGCCUCCCAGAGCUCCCUGUGGCAGGAGAUCCCUGUGGUGCGCAACAGCACCGCGCUGCUCUCCAUGACCCACGAAGACCAAAAGCUGCAAGAGGCCAAGUUUGAGCUCAUCGUGUCGGAGGCCUCGUACCUGCGCAGCCUGAACAUAGCUGUGGACCAUUUCCAGCUCUCGGCGCAGCUCCGGCCCACCCUCACCAACCAGGAACACCAGUGGCUCUUCUCUCGGUUACAGGACGUGCGUGACGUCAGCUCCACGUUCCUUUCGGACCUGGAGGAGAACUUCGAGAACAACAUCUUCACCUUCCACGUGUGCGACGUGGUCCUGAACCACGCCUCCCACUUCCGCCGGGUCUACCUGCCUUACGUCACCAACCAGACCUACCAGGAACGCACCUUCCAAAAUCUGCUGAACACGAACAGCAGUUUCCGCGACGUCCUGGAGAAGCUGGAGAGCGACCCCAUCUGCCAGCGCCUGUCCCUCAAGUCCUUUCUGAUUCUGCCUUUCCAGCGCAUCACCCGCCUCAAACUGCUGCUCCAGAACAUUCUGAAGAGGACACAGCCCGGCUCCUCAGAGGAAGCAGAGGCCACCAAGGCACAUCACGCCCUGGAGGAGCUGAUCCGAGACUGCAACAGCAACGUCCAGAGGAUGCGCCACACGGAGGAGCUCAUCUACCUGAGCCAGAAGAUUGAGUUCGAGUGCAAGAUAUUCCCGCUCAUUUCGCAGUCACGCUGGCUGGUGAAGAGCGGCGAGCUGGCAGCCCUGGAGUUCAGCAUGUCCCCGGGGCUGCGGAGGAAGCUGAACACGCGGCCAGUGCACCUGCAUCUCUUCAAUGACUGUCUGCUGCUGUCUCGGCCCCGAGAGGGCAGCCGGUUCCUGGUGUUCGACCACGCUCCCUUCUCUGCCAUCCGAGGGGAGAAGUGUGAGAUGAAGCUGCAUGGGCUUCACAAGAACCUCUUCCGACUCUUCCUGCUGCACAACACCCAGGGCACCCAGUCCGAGUUCCUCUUCAGCACGGAGACUCAAAGUGAAAAGCUCCGAUGGAUCUCGGCCUUGGCCACGCCCAGGGAGGAGCUGGACCUUCUGGAGUGCUGUGACUCCCCGCAGGUGCAGUGCCUCCGAGCCUACAAACCCCGGGAGAACGACGAGCUGGCCCUGGAGAAGGCAGAUGUGGUCAUGGUGACUCAGCAGAGCAACGACGGCUGGCUGGAGGGCAUGAGACUCUCCGAUGGGGAGCGAGGCUGGUUUCCCGUGCAGCAGGUGGAGUUCAUUUCCAACCCAGAGGUUCGUGCGCGGAACCUGAAGGAAGCCCACCGAGUCAAGACGGCCAAACUGCAGCUGGUGGAGCAGCAGACCUAGCUCUUCUCGGGGAGGACUCCCCCGAGCCUCGGGACAAGAUGUUCUUGGAGAGGGCUGCCCCCCACAGCCGUGCGGCAGGUGCCUGCUGUGGACCAGGAGCUGGGCCUUCUGAGAGCCCAGGCACGGAAUCCAGCUACUGGUCGCCACUCCUGGGCCCCCUGCUUGUGCUUUGUGCUUGGUCGGGGAUUUCGAGGGGCUUUGCACUGGACCCUGGGAACCUUUUCUCGUAGGAAAAGGGGUCCAUGGGCACACACCAAGGAACUUGACUGCUUCUCCCACACAGUACCUGACACUCUGCUUCCAGACAGCGGGUUCAGACCUGACCAGAGUGUCCUUCGUGGGCAGCGUUCAACAGGAUCCGACCUCGGCCCACUGGAGGGAGGUGUUUAAGGGGGAUAACACGUCAGGUGGGAGGGCCCACCUGGUGGCCCCUGAGGUACCUUCUAGCCCUAACGAUUUUCUGUAAUCAUCGCCAUGAGGUCAGCGCACGCCUCUCUGCUGGUGGCAAUGUGAGGGCGAUACUCUCUCACUCUAAUAAACUUGGCACUACUCCGAGUGUUUGCUACGCAGACCCCUGAGCACUGAACCAGGUUCAGAACAUGGAGUCUCGCGAGGCUUCCCACACAUGUGAUUCAGGUCAGGAAAGACCAAGGUGUCUGUCAUAGGUCAUGGUGCGUAUGAACUCCUGCUUCACGACUCCCAAGAAUUCAGGCGGUUUCUCUGCUUAGCAUGGCCUGAGAGGUUGUACAAGAAAUUAGGAAGAAUUGAUGAGUAAUGCAAACCCUACUCAAACUCUCUUUUUUACUGAACUUGAAGGUACAGGCUAGUAUGGGUGGAUUUGGAAAUCCUAUUCAAGACCAUUCACCAGUUUAUGUAUUUUUUAAAAGAUUUUAUUUAUUUUUAGAGAAAGGGAGGGAGAGACAUGAAUGCGUGGUUGCCUCUCAUGCACCCCCAACUGGGGACCUGGCCCACAACCCAGGCACGUGCUCUGACUGGGAAUCAAACCAGCGACUCUGGUUUGCAGGCCAGCACUCAAUCCACUGAACCACACCAGCCAGGGCCGAUUUUAUAUUUUAACUUGAAUUAUUGUGACAGCAUCUCCCCAGCCGUUUGAUCCUAUCUGAAAAGCAGCACGCCGUACUGCAGAGAGUCCUGGCAUCCUGUAGGCAAGAGGCCCAUCGUCCAGUUACUGCCUGCGGUGCCUCGGCCCGUCCAUCUCUCACUUGCCUUCAAUGUCAGACGCGAGUCCGGUCCGGCCCCACCACGUGUGAUUAUCUGCCCAGUCAGAUGGCCCCCCUCCGGGGAAGGGCAUCACCCUCUACGCUCCUUCCCCAUGUGAGGGCCUCACACGGCAGUGGUGUAGCCGUCACUUAGGUCAUUUGAGUCCUUCCUGGAGUCUUACCUUUGGGGUGGGGCUCAAAAGUGAAACUGUGUUGCAGCUUCGUACACAGGUGAGAACAAUACGGAAGACGUGGUCCUAUCCCCAGUUAGUGAUGGCAUGACAGGGGGGUGGUGUCACAUGUGACAGCACAUGUCAUUUUCAGUCCAUCCCCAAAUGUGAGUUCGCUUGCUCAAUUUCUAGAAAAGUUAUCACUAUUGUAAUUAAGGUGGGACUAAUAUUAAUUUAUCCUGAACAGGAUGACCCUACUGAACAGCCUAAAACGUCAUGGUUUAGAAAGGUUCUAAUGCAGUUUUUCGCUAUUUUCAUAAAGCCAGCUUAAAAAUAUAUGCUUUAUUAAUAUGUAUAUAUUAUAUGUAAACUAACCACUGUUUUUUCUUAACAGCAAAAACAGUAAUGAUAGUCCAAGUUACUUGUUUCAACUGGUAUUUGAAUACUGGCCAUGUGACCGAACUGGGUCAUGUCUAACCUCCUAUUUUCCAGGCAAAUCUCAGUUAAAAGACAAUAGGCUUUUUCUACCUGUCUUUAGGCCCUUAGUUUUAAAAACAAGAAACGAAAACAAAAACAGAACAAACUAACAAAGCUUAUAUGUGAGUAAUCUCUCCUCGGUCGAAUUACUAAAUUUUCUAUACUUUGGGUCUCACAAAAUUGGGGCCAGGUCCCCUCACGUUCCUUGUCUUCUGCAGAUUUCCAGAAUUUGACUCCAUGCACCCUUGAAUUCCGAUCGGCCCCAUUGUUCUUAGAAACACAGCAGUUUCUGGUGAGAGACCGUGAAACCACCGUUGAGCAGGACUUUUUGGAUGGAGACAAAUACACGCAGGGUGUGGUUGGUUUUUAAACAAAACCAGGCACAGGGUGGGUGUCGUCAGGAGACCCCGACAGCAGUCCUGCUUGGAGGCACCUUGCUGAACUGUGACAGGCUGGGAGAGUGAGGACACACAGGUGGCUGUCCGCUGUGCUCUCUCCCUGGGCCCGGACCACGCCGAGUGCCCCUCACUUCGGCCCCCUCCCUCCGCCCAGAAGAAGCUGCUCCUUGCCGUUCAUUUCCAGCAUCAGCUUUUCACUUAGAGUUCACCAGGAGCUUAUGAUUUUUCUUGGGCACAACCGACUUGCUCUGUUGUGGUCACUUACAAUCAUGUAAAUGAGAUCAGCCUACAUGUAACCAUCGGGCAGGCUCACAGGUUAAGAUAUGUUUAGCUCCCUUCAUUGUGUUUUCUGUCUCUUAAACAACUUCUAGAUCCAUGAUACAAAUAAAAUG